AUGAACGGAUCUUACCUUUUCGCUGCCGUUGCUUGCGUUUUCGCAGCAUUUGUGCAGUACGCGAAAUGCAUACCGGGCAGUGGUGAUGAAAAGCUCAUCGAAGGCCCCUCCCGUGUCCUCUUCGUCGGUCAUCCGACGAUGUCCAUGCACGCUCCCGUCGUUCCCUCUGUGAUUGAGAACCUCAACAUUGCAAGCAGCGGAAUCGAGAGCGUCUCUGCCGAAGAUUUCCGCGCUAUUCGCGACACUGUGGAUGUUGAAGCUAACAACCCGGGUGAUUCGUCUUCCAACCUCGCCAGGUGCUACGCUGCCCUCGGUGGCCAGGCCGCUUACUUCGGUAUCUGUGGUGAUGACGAUUUGGCCCAGCAUUUCAGCGACGCCCUCCUUCACUACGGUGUUGAUGACCUUACUGUCCGUGUCCCUGGUCUUUCCACUACCCAGAUGUUCUCGCUCGUGACGCCAGAUGCUGAAAACAAGACCUACGUACGUGUCGAAGCGUCGCACACUUUGAAGCCGGAAGAUCUUAACGAAUCCAUCGUCGAGGACUUCGACUACUACGCCGUGAACGGUUUUAUGUUCGCUGACGAGGAGCAGGUUAAGUUCACUCACAAGAUGGUUGACGCUGCUCUUAACCGCAACAAGGGUUUGAUUACGGUUUUGGGAAGCACUGAGUGUGUCAAGAAGUACGGUGAACUUUUGAAGCCAAUUGCUGACAAAUCUGAUUUCCUUGCUGGUACCAUUGAAGAAAUAUCCGAGUUGUACCAGGUGCCUGACCGCAAAGAGCUUUUCAGGAUGAUGACUCAGAGGACCACUGGUAUCUUCCCUCAGCACAGAGGUGUUAUUCUUAUGAUGGGCAGUAAGGGUUCCGUGAUUUUCUACAAGGGAAUGCACUACUACGUGCCAACUGAAGCCGUCGAAUCCGUUGACAGGACUAGCGCAAAUGACUUCUACGCCGGCGCCGUGUUGUACGGCCUUCUCAAUGGCUGGGAUGUCAGGGCCGCAAGCCAGUUGGGUCUUACCGUGUACGGUGAUAUCAUUACGCACAUGGGCACCUUGUUGACUCCUAGGGGUCAUUCUAAGGUUCAGCUUGUCAAGGAUGCUGCCUAA